AGUUCCGCGCCUCUCUGGGAGUUUGGGAUUGGUCUCAGCCGCCAGCGGGAACAGACUCGUCUCGGACUUUGCAGGUGACACCCACCCAGACGCCAGGUCGGCAGGUGGAGGAGGACGGACCAAGUAGGGGUGCGGACCCAGCCUCUGCAGCUCAGCCCCGGCAACGGUUCCUGGCUCACCCGUGAACACCUGGCCCAGCGUGUCUCAGAGCAUGAGGAAUACCAGCAAGGAGCUGCACGGGGCCGCGAGCCGCUACGCUCCCUGUGACUGGUAUUACCACCUUCCUGUGAAGCAGUCAGAGAAAGCCGUGGAUGCCCCACCAGCAUCGCAGAUUCCCGGCCUCAGUGACGCGAGGGAAGCCCCUAGUGGGCACACGCUUGGGCUGCGGAGGUACUGGGUGAAGGAGACGGACUCGGAGUACGUGAAGCUGGCCAAGCAAGGUGGCCGCCCUGAUCUGUUGAAGCACUUUGCCCCCGGGACCACGAAGGGCUCCCCGGUGGCCUACUCCUUGCCAGACUGGUACAUCCACCACAGCAAGCCGCCGACGGCAGACCAGAGACAGGUCCCUGCUGUGUCCAUACCUGACUACAUGGUUUAUGAAGAGUUUAACCCUGAUCAGGCCACUGGCAACUUCGAGUCCAGAAUGGGCCCCUUUGACUUUGACAUGAAGACGGUUUGGCAAAGAGAGGCCGAGGAACUUGAAAAGGAGAAAAAAAAGGUGAGGCUGCCAGCCAUCAAGUCCAAGUAUCCAAGCAAAGCGGGGACCCCUCUUGGCCACAGAGAGCCUGCAGGAAGCAAACUGUCCUUUCCACCCAUACCUGGUCAAAGACCCAGUUCACCUACAAACUUUUCCAAACUGAUUAGCAAUGGAUAUAAGGAUGAGUGGUUACAGCAGCAAGCGGACUCAGACAAGAGGGCCCCGCAGACCCCUCAGUCCUCUGUCUCAUCUCCGUCCCCACCGGACGCUGAGCCGCCCGCAGACCCAGAGGCUCCCGGAGACGCCAAGGAAGCCGCAGAGUCUUCUCCUCCGAGUUCAGCAGCACCUCCACCUGACUCAACGCCCGUGGAGCUCAAAUAAACCCGGACAUAAAGGGCAUCCUGGAUCUCUGUUACGGCUAUAGUCACAGGUCCCCUGUUAUGGUUUAUUAACACAAAUUCUUACAGAGUGAUCCGUCUUAGAACAGAUGUGAACCCCCUGCUGCGUGGCGGUGCUGGUGUUGGGUUUUGUUUCUUGCGUCUCUCUGGGAUGGCAGGCAAGUGGCCUUUGCCCUGCUGUGCCUUGCUGACCUGGGAUGUCCCAGGGCCGCUUCCUCCCCAUCCUCAGCAGAUAUCACGUCACCUCCUGCUGUGUGAGGCUCUGUGGGCCCUAACUCUAUUGAAAUCGGUGGUUUAGAUGCUUAACUGGAAAAAACUCACCCAAAAGCUUUUUCACUGUUUUGGUCUUUAAAUUUUUGUAGAAAUAAUUUUUCUGUUACAAACCAGCAUUUAAUUCCAGAAUAUUGUGAUACAGUUUAUAUUAAGAAAAAGAUUGAUUUGUUAUACCUUGAAGUUUUAAACAUUUUCUAGUUUUAAAUGUUUGAUAAUAUUUUUUGCAUCAACCAAAAUUCAUAGUAGUGAACAUUUAUUGUUUUGCAUUAAGUAAAAAUGUUUAAAUACUUAAUUUAGUAGUCUUAACAAAAAUGUUUUAAUACAGAGACAGUUCUCUCAUUUUAUAAAUUUCAUUGCCAUUUAAAUGUAAGUAAUUAGCAUAAAAUGUAGUUUUAUAUUUUGUACAUUUAAUUCAUUAAUAAAAUAAUAAUUUUCUGCUGGAAGAUUUUCAGACAGCCAAGUAAAGUCAGAGAUAUUUUAGCUUCUUUCCCAGAAUAAACUUAUCAUGUACUUGCUCACUUCAAA